AUGCCCUCUGACCUCCUCCCUAAUUUCCACUCGGCCGGCGGCGUCUCCUCCCUUUCCUCCGACCGCUCCACCGAAUCCGUCGCCUCCCGUGCUUCUUCUUCCUCUCCUUCCGCCGUCCCCGCUCCCCUCGCGGCCUCCUCGGAGGCAGCCAUGUGGAAUUACUUCUGGAUCCCUUUCCUCCUCUCGCUCUCCAAGGAAUUGAGCCUGGUCAAAGCAUCGGACGCAGUUCAGUCAACGAUUCGUCUCCCCAGCCAUCUGGCCGAUGACUCAUCCUCCGCUUCCGACGCCUUCCCGUCGGUUCCAAGCUGUCCGGCGCUGAACCCGAACCUGAACUACCGGCCGGUGAUCGGAAUCGUCAGUCAUCCUGGCGACGGUGCUUCUGGAAGGCUGAGUAACGCGACCGAUGCUUCCUAUAUCGCGGCGUCGUACGUCAAGUUCGUUGAAUCGGCCGGCGCCCGCGUCAUUCCCCUUAUCUAUACCGAGCCUGCCGACGUCCUCUUCGAGAAGCUGAAUUUGGUGAAUGGAGUCCUCUUCACUGGAGGUUGGGCGAAGAAAGGAUUGUACUUCGACCGUGUGAAGGCGAUUUUCGAGAAAGUUCUUGCCAAGAAUGAUGCCGGACAGCACUUCCCACUUUAUGCCAUCUGCUUGGGUUUUGAACUCUUGACGAUGAUUGUUAGUAAGGACAAUAACAUUCUGGAAUCCUUUAAUGCCGAAGAUCAGGCUUCCACUCUGCAAUUUGUGAAAAGCAUAAAUACCGAAGGAACUGUGUUUCAAAGGUUCCCUCCUGGUCUACUAAAAAGGAUGAGUACAGAUUGCCUCGUGAUGCAAAACCAUCAUUUUGGCAUCUCACCUGAAAGGCUUCUGGGGAAUCCUGAUCUGUCAAGUUUUUUUAAAAUCUUGACGACAAGCACAGAUGAAAAUAAUGAGGUCUAUGUAUCUACUGUACAAGCAAACAAUUAUCCAGUGACUGCAUUCCAGUGGCAUCCAGAGAAAAAUGCUUUUGAGUGGGGUUCGUCAAUGAUUCCACAUUCAGAAGACGCCAUUCAAGUGACUCAGAAUGUGGCCAACUUUUUUGUCAGUGAGGCUAGGAAGUCACUGAAUCGACCUGCUGCCACGGCAGUGCUGAGCAAUCUGAUCUACAACUACAGCCCCACUUACUGUGGGAUAGCCGGGAAAGGAUAUGAUGAAGUUUACAUAUUUACUUGA